AGGUAGUGUCCGCCGCUCGCCGGCCCUGCGCGGGCUGCUGGGAGGUGUAGUCCGCCGGCGGGUGGCUGCCAUCUUGGUUCCCUCGUUUCUGUGGCGUUACCGGUGUGUGUCGCUUCCGUGCCCACUGUGAGGUAUUAAGUCUUAAAAGAGGUACUUGUUUUCAAGAAGUACUAUGGAUGACAUGAAAAAAGUUGGCAACAGCUCUUGCAAUGAUGGACUUCUCCUUAGAAUGGGCCUCAAUGAUAACAAAGCUGGAAUGCAAGGUUUGGAUAAAGAGAAAAUCAAUAAAAUCAUCAUGGAAGCUACCAAGGGUUCUAGAUUUUACGAAAAUGAACUUAAAAAAGAUCAACAAGUUAACCAACGAAUUGAAAAAAUGAUGCGGCUAAAAGAGAAAAUUACAACACAACAGCUCUUGAAAGCACAGCAGCAGGUGGACAAACUUGUGAUAGAACUGGAACAGAGCCGUAACCUUAGCAAUACGAUUGUACACAUUGACAUGGAUGCUUUCUAUGCUGCUGUGGAAAUGAGAGACAAUCCAGAGUUGAAGGAAAAGCCUAUAGCAGUGGGAUCAAUGAGUAUGUUGUCUACGUCAAAUUACCAUGCUAGGAGAUUUGGUGUACGUGCAGCCAUGCCUGGAUUUAUUGCUAAAAAGCUGUGUCCACAUCUAACUAUAGUACCAUUAAACUUUGAAAAAUAUGGCAAAGUGAGUAAAGAGGUUAGAGAAAUACUGACCGAAUAUGAUCCCAAUUUUAUGCCUAUGGGCCUAGAUGAAGCCUACCUGAACAUAACAGAGCACUUGGAGGAAAGACUGAACUGGCCUGAAGAUAAGAGAAGAUUCUUUUUUAACACAGAAAGCACUAGAGAAAAAGAGAAAGAUGAUAUAAACAUGUCUGCCAAAUGUAAUGAAGAUGGAUACUCUUCUUCACCGGUACUGUUUGAAGAAAAUACACCUCUGAUGGAUAACCACCCUGAACAAAGAGAUCAAUCAAUUGUCUUUGGAACUUCUGCAGAGGAAGUUGUGAAGGAAAUUCGCUUUAGAAUUGAGCAGAAAACUCAACUGACUGCUAGUGCAGGAAUAGCACCGAAUACAAUGUUAGCAAAAAUGUGCAGUGAUCGUAAUAAACCUAAUGGGCAGUGCAGAAUUGCUCCUGAGAGACAAGCAGUGUUAGACUUCCUGAAAGACUUGCCCAUUAGAAAGGUGCCGGGUAUAGGCAAAGUAACCGAGAAGAUGUUAAAAGCCCUAGGAAUUGUGACUUGCUCAGAACUUUACCAGCAGAGGGCACUGCUUUCUCUGCUUUUUUCAGAAGCAUCUUGGCGUAAUUUCUUGGAUAUUUCCCUUGGUUUGGGUUCAACACAUUUGGAAAAGGAUGGAGAAAGAAAAAGUAUGAGCACUGAAAGAACAUUCAGUGAAAUGAACUCAGCAGAAGACCAGUACAGCUUGUGUCGAGAACUCUGCAGAGACCUUGCUCAAGACCUACAGAAAGAGGGACUUAAGGGUAAAACUGUUACCUUGAAGCUAAAGAAUGUGAACUUUGAAGUGAAAACAAGAGCUUCAACUGUGCUGUCUUCUGUUUCUACUGAGGAGGAAAUAUUUGCUGUUGCUAAAGACUUGUUAGGAACGGAAAUUGAUAGUGUUGCUCCUCACCCCUUACGGAUAAGACUUAUGGGUGUACGAGUAUCAGGAUUUCUAAGUGAAGAAGAGAAGAAGUAUCAACAAAAAAGCAUUAAAAGUUUCUUAAAAUCAGGAAGAGAAAAUGGUUUUCUUGGGCUGCAGCCAGGGAAGUCCAACCAACAAUAUUUCACAAAAAGUUCAGAAGCAUCUCCUAGAGGGAGUUUUUUUGAUAAAAAGCGAGCUGCAAGGCAACUAAACAGUGAGAAUCUUCGUCCAAAUGAAACUGUAGGUGAGCAGCUCUUUCAUGAUCAGAAAUCAUCAGCAAAUUUUGUGAAAGAAACUAAGAAAGUCACAGACGUACAGAAUUCUAAUCUGUGUAAGACCUUCACCUGCCCUGUUUGCUUUAAGGAGCAAAGCAGCAAUAAUUUGGAAGAGCUUAAUAGGCAUAUUGAUGAGUGCCUCAAUGGGACUGUUGUUAAAGAUGCCACGGAAAUAUCCAAGAAUGACAAUUCAAGAGAAAAUACACUCAACUUUCUUCUGCACUUUGAAAAUGAAAAUGUUGAUGAAUGUCAAAUAAAUAAAACAGAUCAACUAGCAGGAACAGACCAGUCUGCAAGUACAUCUGACGACUCUGCUAGCAGUAGCACAGAAAAAUUCACUCAGAUAAUACCUGAUAAACCUCACAGAGAAAGACAGCCUAGCAAUCUCAGUGAUAUUGCUAGAAACGUGUGUAUGAAACAGUGUCUUUUCACCAAAAGAAUUUCACAAGGCAAGGGAGACCAUUUUGAAAAGACUGAACAUACAGAAAAAAAUAGUUCAUCCUGUUUCUUUGAAGCCAAAGAAGACAGCAUUCUUGUUUGUCCAGUUUGUAAUUUACAACAGAAAACCACCAGUCUUGUGUCAUUUAACAGACAUGUGGAUGUCUGCUUAAAUAAAGGUCUUAUCCAGGAGCUCACAGAGAAAAAAGAUUUUCCUGCUAAGACUUCUAAUACAGAAAAUUCAAACAGAGUUGGAGGUUUAAGCAGAGGACAGCAGUGCACAAAUCCAUCACAAGGAACUAAAAGGUCUGGACUAACAACUUCACAGUCAGUAUCAAAAAAAGCCAAGUCGUGCAAUUCCAAGCAUACAAUUGAAAUGUUUUUUAAAUGACUGUGUAACAACAUAUUCUAUAUGAAGUAUUUCAUAGUGUUUUAUGACUGCAAAUUAAUCUAGCAUUGGUGGUAGGAUUCAGGUACCUGUUACUUUGGAGCCAUUGCAUGUCUGUGUAAAAAGAACAUGAUGUUUGAGGUAGAAGAGGAGCUACAGUUGAAGGUAAUUUGGGUUUUUUUGAGAAUAAUGCUUUUUUUCCCCAGUUGUUUCUGAGAAUCAAAAUUCACUAGCACUUCAACUUUGUUGUUAUUGAACGUGUGGAACUUUGUUAGAGUCACGAGCAGCCUCAUGAAUUCUCUCUGCUGUUCAACAAAGAGAACAGGGAGAUUAGAGCUGCCUUUGAGCAAGCCUCUAGGGAGAGCUCCCUGGAAAGCAGGAAUCAUUAGCCAGGGUGCCGUGCUGUGCUUACUGAAGGCCCUCUUCUCACACCUGACCUGCCAUCUUCUCUCUGUUGUUUGUAUUGCCUCUGGUAGCCAUAGUAGCUCAGGCUGACGCUUCCUUGGACAAUUCAACACCAAAUUUAAUUGUGGUAUUAGCUGUGUGAUAACAAAGAAGAUCCAAGUUGCUUGAUUUCAAGCUUGAUUGGUCUCACAGUUUCAAAGGAGAAGAACAAGAAUUUAGAGCAUAGUCAAGCUUUCGUUGUUGCCACUGAAAAUCACUUCAGUUAGAGUUGAUGGACCAACCCUGAAGGACUCAUUGUGUUGAGAUACAGGAUGACUUCACUGAUUUAAAAAAUAAAUCUGUUGAUGAGAGAAUUCCUCCAGGUUAGUCAGAUAAAUGCUGUUUGAUCCUUGGCCUUUCCAAAGACACUGAGAACUUCAGUUGUCUUCACAAUUGUGAAAUGGUUAAUGGUCAGUAGGACUAAACUUACUCUAAAUGAAAGGUCUCAUGGUGCAAUAAUAAUAUGAAUGAUGUGCAAAUAAGAUUCUGAAUCUUCUUAUUGUUUACCUGUCUCUUUAAAAAUAUUUUGUAUUUCUGAAUAACUGAUAUUUUAUCAGUACAUAUGUGAAAGGAGGAAGUUGUGAAGUGCAGAUAUUUAAAAUAGGCUGUUUAGGUUUUUUUCUGUUCACACCAAAUUGCUUAAAUGCAUAAAUUUUAAUAUAAUUAAGUAUUUAUCAGGCAAAUAAUUUAUGAUGAUAGCAUAUUUCUUAUAAGUUAUACAAACAAUGUCAAACAAUCCUCUAUGAAAUAUAAAUGGCUUUUUAAUUGCAAAAUCUUUAAAAGAAGCAGCUACUAUAGAAGCAUGUUUUGUUGUUUAGCUGUAUUGAAAGUACUUCGGGGUUUGUUUGUUUUUUAAACAAGCAAAUGUGUACCUGGUAUGUCUCGGAUGCUCAGGCUGAGUCCAGAAUGUGCUUUUUGGUUUCCUGACUUGCUGAAAUGAUUUCACCAUCUCUGCCUGCUCAUCUGUUUGUUUGCCAGAUGCCACAGUACCCAGAGCUCUGUCAUUUGAAUUCAUGUCAGUGCUCCCUUAUCUGCUUCGGACCAAAUCAGCUGGACUAGUUCAGACUACGUGAGCUGACUCAGUUGACUUUUUCUAAACCAGGUCAAUGAGCAUUCAGCACGAGCUGUUCUGUUGACAGAGGUGGGAGCUGGAAGCUUUUGGUAGGAAAGACAUAAAAGCAACUGAGGAAACAAUGACUUAAGCUACUACUGCUGUUUAGAAAGUGAACACCUCUCCCUUUGAUAGUUUGUAUCUGUGUGAUUCAAUAAAGUGUAGAAUCUAAGUAUUA